AAGGGAGGGGAGGGGGGGAGGGAAACAAGGCGCCUGGACCGAGGCCCGGUUUAUUUAAACCGGAGGGCAACGGAGCUUUUUCCUCGCCCUGAAAAGAGGCUUUGCUGCUGUGUCUUUAAGAGCCGCCCGGUGCGGAGGCAGCUCCGGACUGGGAGCUUUAAAGGGGCUUUUUGCAAGAAGCCAGGCGGCCCCUCUCUCGCUUUCUCCGCCUCCCUUGUUGGAUCUGCACCGGGCCAGCAGCCAGAGAUGGAGGAGCCAUUCAUCUGGCCGUGAACGUGACCGGGAGUCGCCAUUCGCGUGGAAUUGUUUUGCACGGUUUGGAGACGCGGGAUCGGCGAGGUGUUGCUGUUGCUUCAAAGGAAAGGGGUGGAGCUAGGAGAAGUCCUUCUUAAUCCCAACAUCCUGGCUAGAACCAUGCCAUAGAGAUCAAGUUCUCUCCAAGCACAUCAUCCAGAAGUGGGAGUUGCCAAUAAAGGUGUGAGCAGUUGGUGGGACCAUGCCACACCACCGAAGCUGCCUCCAGUUACUGGCUGCUUUUUGCCUCACCUUCCUCUUCCUCACAUUCACCGCCUCUUAUAAGCCUGUCAUCGUUGUCCAUGGCCUGUUUGACAGCCCUUCUGACUUCCAGCUCUUGCUUAAUUUCAUCAAUGAGACUCAUCCAGGAACCAACGUUUCCGUGGUGGAUUUGUUUGACCGAACGGAAAGCUUGAAAUCUCUAUGGAUGCAAGUAGACGGGUUCCGACAAGCAAUUUACCCCAUUAUGCAGAAUGCUGUCGAUGGGGUCCACCUUUACUGCUACUCACAAGGAGGACUCAUUUGUCGUGCUCUGCUUUCUACGAUGCCCGACCACAAUGUGGACACAUUCAUCUCUCUCUCCUCCCCACAAAUGGGGCAAUACGGGGACACCAAGUACUUGAAGUGGCUCUUUCCACACUACAUGAAAAGCAACCUCUACCGCCUCUGCUACACACAGCUGGGACAAGACGUCUCCAUCUGUAACUACUGGAAUGACCCACACCAUCGAGAUCUUUACCUCAACAAUAGCAAUUUCUUGGCCGUGUUGAAUGAUGAGAGACUCCAUCCCAAUGCAAGUGCGUGGAAGAGAAACCUUUUGCGCAUCCGCAAGCUGAUUCUGAUUGGCGGCCCAGACGACGGGGUCAUCAUGCCCUGGGAAUCCAGUAUGUUUGCCUUCUAUGAUGUUAAUGAGACGGUAAAGGCUAUGACAUCUCAGCCGGUCUACCUCCUCGACACGUUUGGCUUGAAGACUCUGGAUGCGCGUGGCGACCUUGUUUUCUGCAGAAUGGCCAAUGUUUCUCACACGAACUGGCACUCCAACCGCACGGUCUACGACACUUGCAUUGCCAAAUGGCUGACGUAGCUGGCCAAGCCCGGGAAAAGGAAGAGGAAGAAAAAGAAGAAGAGAGAGAGAGGGAGAGAGAGAGAGAGAGUCCAAAACUCCGAGCUGUGGAAACAACAGUGGAAACAAUUCAUCUGCCUGUAACUUUUCUAGGAAUGGAUUCUUUUUUUUCAACAGCAGAAGAAAUUUUCCCCUGCAAGACUUUGGUGGAAGCUAGUAGCAAAUUUGGGUACUCUUAAGAUGCUGCGUGGAAGGCCUCAAAUGAACUGGAUCCUUAGUCCUUUGUUGUGGCUAAACUACAAGGCAAAACAAACAACAAAAGAAACAAAAAAAGAAAAUAAGUAAAGUGCAAAUGGAUUACAGUUACAUGUAAUGAAAUAUACCCCCAAAGUCAUAUUUUCUAGUAACCAGCUUAUGGCAGAAACACAGUAAAUGUGAGAACUGGAGGUAUUUACCCUUUUUAGGUUUCAACUCUGGUGUUUAGCAUCAUUUGAUCUCCAGUUUGGAAAUGUUUUAGUUGCGUAGAUUAUAUUUUUCAUAUUGUAAUAAUGCAACAGCUACCCAGGAUUGGGUUUAAAAGAGACAAGCCCAACGUUUGCGAGAACAAAUUCAGGGGGGGAAAAAAUCUUACUGUUUAUCCCCACAGUUGAUUUGAGUUUUGUGCUCCAAUUAUUGCUUUGACUUUCACCAGAGUGGGAAGAAAAGUACCUGUGUAAACUUUGAUCCAGAAUCCAGUUCGACGCCACUAAAGAAAAUGCCAAUGGAAUGCCAGAAAACCCAAAUAACUCAGGAGUUCCAGUGGAAAGCAUAUUUUUUUGUGUGUGUGUGUUUCUUUACAUAACCAAGCUGGAAAUAGCUCAAGGAUCCCUGCCUCCAGUUAUACAUCAAAAUCAAUAUUAUAAAUUAUCAAUUGACUUUGGACGGCAGACUGCAUCGGUUUAUAUUUCCUCUCUCCUUAGAAGCACAACCUCAGGAUGGCAACGGAAAGCCAAUUUAGAUAAAAAAUGUUCAUGAUCUUGAUUUUAUUUUUUAAAAAAACGUACAUUUAAGAGUGACUAGCCAUUUUUAAGAGACCAGAAAUUCCAAUAAGGUGACCCUUUCUCGCUCCCCGUUUCUAGAGCAGAAGCUUCACAGCUUUGCGUGCAAACAGUAUUAAACUCUUACAUUUUUUUCAAGUUACAACAA